UUAAUAAAUAAUCUUAGUACAGACAUUUACACAAUGCCAAACUUUGGCUGCUGAAGAGUGAACGGAACAAGUUGAAGUUGAAGUUCAAGUCUAAGCCCGGCCGCCCCCACGUUCCCUAUCCAUAUUUCUUUCUGCCUAUAAAAUACCGGUUGGUCAGAGUCUGAGUCUGAGUCAAUUGCUCAUUCUCAUUUUUUUUAUUGACCUUUUUUUUUCCUCUUUUCACCAAUCACCGGUAUUCAAAUACUAGUACAAAUACAGCUGCAGCAAUUUGUCAAUUACUUAUUUGCUGCUUCACUGUACUUUGUGGAGAGGAGAGGAGAGAAGCCAGUUUCAAUCGUCCCUCAAGAGAAACUGUCACGAAAAAAGACAUUGGGUCUUCCCAAAUCUUGGCUUUGCAUUGAUGGCGGAUCUCAGGUCAGCAUUUCUCAAUGUGUAUUCCCAGCUCAAAUCGGAGCUCCUUCAGGAUCCUUCUUUCGAGUUUACCGAUGAUUCUCGUCAAUGGGUUGAACGGAUGCUGGACUACAAUGUGCCUGGAGGGAAACUGAAUCGUGGACUCUCUGUGAUUGAUAGCUACCGCCUGUUGAAAGAUGGAAAGGAAUUGACCCAAGAUGAGAUUUUUCUUACAAGUGCGCUCGGUUGGUGUAUUGAAUGGCUUCAGGCAUAUUUUCUUGUUCUUGAUGACAUCAUGGACAGCUCUCACACCCGGCGUGGCCAGCCUUGUUGGUUUAGAUUGCCGAAGGUUGGUAUGAUUGCUGUAAAUGACGGUGUUAUACUUCGCAAUCACAUCACCAGGAUUCUCAAAAAUCACUUUCGUGGGAAACCUUACUAUGUGGAUCUGCUAGAUUUAUUUAAUGAGGUGGAGUUUCAAACAGCUUCAGGACAGAUGAUAGAUCUGAUUACAACACUUGAAGGAGAAAAGGAUCUAUCCAAAUACUCAUUGCAACAGCACCGUCGCAUUGUUCAGUACAAGACUGCCUAUUAUUCAUUUUAUCUUCCUGCAGCAAGAUGA